GGCGCGCCCCGCCGCAGAACCGCGUUCCCCCUCUGCCCAGCAAAUCGCGUGUCGCUGCGUAAAUUCAGGCGCUGUAAACAUUUGAUUUGACACCCACAUGCGUUUCCGCCUUGCGAUCUCUCUUCACGAACCGGCAGGUGAUAAAACAGUUUCACAAAUGCAGACGACGACAAAGAAACAAUGUCUUCCGCCUCUGCCUCCGCCUCCCGAAGCUCUGCGUAUGGAGUGAACGGCAAUGCCCAAGACAAGGCGGCCCCACGGCCACCCCGCAUGAGUGCCCACGAUAGCUUCAAGAGCGAGCGGUCCGACUCGAGAAGACAUGUCCCGUCCCCGCAGGCCGCCCCUUCUCUGACAUCCCACAAGCGGACGGCAUCGGGGAAUCCCAGGCCCUCGAGUCGGACGGUCGAGGAAAGGAGGACGGAGAGGGUCCAAGUGACUACGAAGGAGACCUUGGUAUCUCGGACUAGGAGCCCGGAACGGCGAGGAGCGCCGAGCGACAAGCCGCGGAAUGUGGAAGCGUCAAAGCAGAGGGCAGCCGAGACGAGGUCGAGGGAAACUAGGGUCGAGCCAGCACCUCCAGCUCCCUGGGAGCCCGAGGCUACGUUACUGCCGCACACUUCCGCUCCGCUAGCAUCGCGCAUAUCGAUCCCGCCGCUGGCAUCUUCGGCGCCACAGAUGCUGCAGCCAACGCCGCUCCAGGAACUGUCCUUGGCCGCCCAGGAGGCAGCCGUUCUGGAGGACCUACUCUUCGUCUUUAUGGGCUUCGAAGGCCAAUAUAUCCGGUUCGCGAAAGGUUAUAACCCGUACGAGGAGAGGGACAGGCUCUCUGGGCCGGUAUUUCGGAUUCUUCCCGGACUCGACCCAAGUCUACAGGACCUCACCAACUCGAUGUUGAAGAUGGCCUCCCAUUACUCGGCAUUGGAGACAUUCGUCGAUGUCCAGAGCAGGGAAGAGUUUGGGUCUGUGAACCAUGCGUUGUGUGCAUCGAUACGGAAGCUCCUCCAGGACUAUCUCGUCAUGAUCGCGCAGCUCGAGACGCAAUUUCUCACCAAUAAUACUUUCACCUUACAUGUGCUCAAUAUCCACAUCCUUCCCACCAGCCAAAUGAUGUUUCAGCUAUAUGCCCUAGCGCAUGAGCUUCUAAAGAGAAACGCAUUGCUCGACGACGAAACAGAUGAAUCGAGUGACAGCGCAGACGACUACGACCAUAUCCUGGAGCAGCUGCGGGAUGGGGGAGACCUUGUGCCUGGAAAUAUGACCGGGAAGAAGAUCUGCAAAGGAGGAGUCGUGCUCGGGCUCAUAACUAAGAGGCUGGAGUCCAUGUCUGGCGACCCCUCGGCCAGGGCUCUGCUCACAUCCCUACUCAGGGACGCCAGCCGUCCUUAUAUGGUCAUGCUGAAUGAAUGGUUACAUCACGGCGGGAUCAACGACCCGCAUUCCGAGUUCCUGGUCAAGGAACAGAAGAGCAUCCGGAGAGACAGGUUGGAACAGGACUACACGGAUGAGUACUGGGAGAGGCGAUAUACGAUACGAGAUCAUGACGUCCCGCCACAACUAGAAGGGGUGAAGGGCAAGGUGCUGCUUGCUGGAAAGUACCUGAAUGUUGUCCGAGAAUGUGGGGGGGUCGACGUCAGCAAGGAGGUGAAGGACGUCCCAAUCUCAUUCGACGACAAUCGUUUCCUGGACAACGUUAAUAACGCCUACGCUCACGCGAACGAGUCGCUGAUGCAGCUGCUACUGACGACACAUGCCUUGCCUGACAGGUUGAGGUCGCUGAAGCACUACUUCUUCCUCGACCCUUCGGAUUAUUUCUCCUACUUCCUCGAACUUGGCUCCUCCGAAUUACGGAAGCCGGUUAAGUCUGUCAACACCAGCAAGCUGCAGUCGUUGUUGGAUCUAGUACUCCGCCAGCCCGGCAGUCUCGUUUCUCUUGACCCUUUCAAGGAGGACGUGAAGGUGGAAAUGAACGAGAUUACUCUCAUCAAGUCUUUGCAACGGGUCGUUAAUAUCACCGGCAUAGAGCAAGGAGAGACGCUUCAGCCCCUGUCCAACCAGCCGAUAGAGAACGACAAGAACGCCAUUGGCUUCACCUCCCUGCAGCUGGAUUACGCCGUCCCCUUUCCGGUUUCGCUCGUCAUCAGCAGGAAAACCGUCUGGCGGUACCAGGCCCUGUUCCGCUAUCUCCUCUCCCUUCGGUACCUUGAGUCGCAACUAGCGGCCACCUGGCAGACACACGGGAGUGGCAUCUCAUGGUCACACAAGAGCAGUUCGCGCAACCUGGAGAUAUGGAAACGACGUGUCUGGACACUGCGCGCACGCAUGCUGGUGUUUGUCCAGCAGCUACUCUACUUUUGCACGGCCGAGGUUAUCGAGCCGAACUGGCAAGCCUUGAUGUCGCGGGUGGCGGAAAGGGACGCCAAAGACGGCGGCCAGGACGGAGGAGGGCCCGGAACAAAAGGCCCAACGCGCACGGUAGACGAGCUGAUGCAGGACCAUGUGGACUUCCUCGACACUUGCUUGAAGGAGUGCAUGCUGACGAACAGCAAACUUCUCAGGAUCCACUCUAAGCUGAUGCAAACCUGCACCAUCUUCGCCACCUACACCAACUGGCUGUCCCGGGAGCUCGAGAAGUCCGACCCGGACCUCAGCGGCACAACUAAGCCCCGGAACAUGACGGACGACCACUGGAGGCAGUUCCAAGCCGUCAGGUCCCAGCGGCAAGCGGGCGGCGGUAGCGGGCACGGCGACUCGACGGCCUCGCACGGCGGCGGUAAGGACGCGGCCGCCAAGGGCGAGGAGGCGCGCGUGGCCGAGCUCUUCGACGUGAUCAGGAAGUGGGAGACCAACUUCAGCCGGCACCUGCAGAUCCUGCUCGACGCGCUCAACCACUACGCCGCCACCGAGACGGUCGUCCUGUUAAGCCUGUGCGCCAGGCUGAGUACCGCCAACCAGGGGACGGAGCACGCGGGACCGAGGGCGGAUGAGGACGUUGCCUCUUGAUAGAGCUGUUUCGGG